AAUGAGUGGCGGAAUGCAGAUAAUAGUGAUCAUGGCAUUGACUGGGAUGCUGUGGGUGUCAGCAGCCAUGAUCUUGUACGAGAUGAAAGGCAUUGGUCGUUGUGGUGAUGGUGCCACCAAUGUUUAUGCCAACAGUGAUGUUAUAUGUGCUCUCUACUGCACCAACAAUGUGUGGUGCAAAGGCUUCAACUUCGAAGCCAGCUCAUCAAUCGCGACCUCUGGCGGGCUGUGUCAACUACACCAGAUGCUGAAUUCGCCAGAUGGUAGCGCUGACAGCACUUGCUUCGUAGCUGCUACGUCAGAAACCACAACAGCUGCUGCUGUUACAGCUGCACCUGCAACUGCUUCUAGCACUACAGCUGCGCCUGUAGCUGCUACAACCAAGUCUGCAGCAGAUACAACUAUGACAGCAGCACAUUCAGCUGCUACAACUAAGCCUACAACUACUACAACCAUUACAGCAGCACACUCAGCUGCUACAACCAAGCCUACAACUACUACAACCAUUACAACUACAACUACGACUACCACCACGGUUUCUCCAAGCACAGUAACAACAGCUCUGCCAGAUGUGAACGUCAGUUCUGGUUACUUUACUCAGGUGUUGAGCAACAGCAGGUGUGGAGACAAUGCUGCUGUCGUGGGCAUGUACAAUGCAGGUGCAAACUACUUUCUUAUGUGCCUGUCUCCUCCGAGUAACCUGUAUUUCUCCGGCUCCAUUCCGAUUAAUGAAUGUCCUUUCGUGUACAUGAACAUGAAGUGCAUGACGGUGUCCUGUAAUGAAAAUGGCACUAAGAGUAUUAUGAAUGGCUUUACCUCUGGUACUUACCCGUCAGAAGGUCCAUGUGGCACCCCUUUCCCAUUGGGAAAAGCAGAUCUGAACAUUUCUGAUUGUCAUGUGAUUGACGGUGCCAUGCAGACAGCCCCAGCAAACUCAGGAUCAUGGAACCAGUGGAGGAUUUGUAAAGGAAACUCCCAGUAUUUCUAUGUCAUGACAGGCGCUGUGGUUACUGCAACUAGUAAUACCUCCUGGACCCUCACCAGUAUCACCUGCUGUCGCCUUGUACCACUUAAGUAAUCCACACCAGGAGAUGAUCACAGUGUCCCUUGUCCUGGUGGUUAAAGCUGUCGCUUCACACGGUGAGGGACUGGGUUCGAUUCCCAGUGAGGGUAGAAACAUUGGGUGUAUUUCCUUACACCGGUUGUCCAUGCUCACCCAUCAGUAAAAUGGGUACCUAGGUGUUAGUGGACUGGUGUGGGUCGCAUCCUGGGACACAGUUGCCCUAAUUUGCGGGAAAUGCUCAGCAUAACAAGGUACUUUCUA